UCUCCAUGGCGGCGGCCAAGAUCGCCGUCCUCCUGGCCGCGACGGCGCUCUUCGCCACGGCAGCGGCGGCGGACCCCCAACCCCCGCAGCUCGCAACGGAAGCCCAGUGCUGGCCGUGCUACUCCUCCUGCAUGCACACGUGCGACGACGGCCACGGUGUCACCCCCGCCCCCGUUGUCAACCGUUCUCAGCCAGCCGCCCACACAGCCGUCGACAAUGGUCCAACGGCCGCCUCCGUCCUUGUCAACUCUACCGACGGUACUGCCAUCCACAAAACCGACGGUGCAGUCGUCCCUGUCAACAAAGGUGGCGGCGAGGAUUACUACGAGAAAUACUUCGAGUGCAAGAAGAAGUGCAUCGUCGAUUGCAACAAGGACCUGCCGCCGGUGUGCUACAAGAUGUGCAUCUCCGAGACCUGCCUCACCCUGCCACCAUGUAAACGAGGGGAUUGCUACAAAGCAUGCGGGAACAAAUGCUUCCACAGCCAGCCCUACCCCGGGCCAAACCCGGCUCCGAAGCCGACGCCACCACCGCCCACACCUCCAAAGCCCGUGACACCGCCGCCAUCACCCCCGAAGCCCAUGCCACCGCCACCGAAAGCCGCUGCCGAAGGCGAAGCAAAAGACGCCGUGCCCGUCACCGGCUACUAG